AUGGCUACUUAUUUGGCGGAUCGUGUUGUUGUAUAUGAAGGCUUACCAUCUGUAAAAGCUAUGGCAAAUACGUACGUUAGACCCGCAAUCUCUACUCUCAGGCCAAGAAUAAAUAAAGCGGAUUCUAUGAAAGAUAAAGAACAAAAAUCAAGUAAGUGA